AGGGCUGGAGAGCAAACACUUCAUGUACACUCCCUCUUAAGGCAUCACUUCUAUGUGACCAGCUACAGCACCACAGAGAAAAAGGCAGGAGAAGACCAUCUCCUUAAAAGAAGUUACUUUUUUGAGCUCAGACAUCUUCUUGGUUGCCCGCAGAAGAUCAGAAGAUGAGUCUUCUCCUAUUUGGUGUUACUGCCCUGCAUAUCAUUAUCUUGAUCAUCCUCUUCGUUGCCACCCUUGACAGUUCUUGGUGGGUGCUCUCACAAGAUGAGACCCUGAACCUGUGGCAUGACUGCAUUUUUAACAACAAUUCGGAAAGCUGGAUGUGCUCCUCGGUGUCUACAAAUGAGUGGUUCCAAGCGGUGCAGGCUCUGGUGGUGCUCUCUGUCCUGUUUUCCAGCUUUUCCUUCAUGCUGUUCAUGUGCCAGCUCUACAACAUGGAGAAAGGGGGGCUCUUUUAUGCAACGGGUGCCUUUCAAAUUCUUGCCAGUCUGGCUGUGUUUUCUGGAGCAGUCAUCUAUACAACCCAUGUGACAGAAUUUCAUAAAGAUAAGGGUGAAGGAGGAUCCUUUGGCCACUGCUAUGUAUUGGCUUGGGUGGCCUUCCCGCUCAGCAUGUUGAGUGGCAUCAUGUACAUCCACCUAAGAAAACGGGAGUAACAGAAAGAGACAUUUUCUUUACCGCAAAUGAAGAGCUCUAAACAGACUAUGAGAAGACCACCUGCUGGGUUUGUCAUGUGAACGUGUGGCCCAUUGGAUUUGACACGUACUAAUAAUAUUCUUUAUUACUCCCACUUCAUGGAUUGGCACAUUCCCAGAAAUAAUUGUCAGGUAUUACUAAAUAGGAUUUGUGAAGAGACCACAUAUUUGUACCCAUCAGCUUGAAAACCAAUGCGAUGUUCUGGAGAAUAAUGCUUUGUAAGAUGUCCUCUUCUUUUUCUUGUCAUAAUGUUAGCAUUUACGAUUGAAAAAGUCGUUCUAAAAGAAAUACAUUAUAUAUGCUGCAGAAGUUCUAUCAUAAAGCACAUGAAGGUAAGACGGCAGGCAGAAGCUGUUUCCAAGAUGACCUUGAAAAUAGCUUCUGCUCUUCCUACUGUUGUAUAUACUAUAACAUUAGAUAUAUAAAUAUAUAUUUUUACAUUCAAGACUGAGGAUAUAAAGGUGUUGUUUGCAUUCAGAUUAUAGCUCUGGUAUAGAUCCACUGUAAUUAUUAUAUUAGAUAAUUACACCACUAGCAAUUCCAUAAUAUAAUGUGAUUGAAAAGGACCCGUCACCUCGUCUGACAUGUCUGUUUUACUAGUAAUAUAAUUAUUCUGGAGCAUAUUUUCUUAUCACUCUUCAUUGUACUACUACCGUACUGGGUAUUUCCCGUUUAGGGUGUGCCCCUGCACAUUGUCCAAUGUGUAGAGACACAUCACUUUCACUAGAGGGAAUCACAACACCCAGUUUUCAAUUCAUUCAUAUAUUUUAGAAGGAAUAACAGAGGAUCGGCACAAUGUAGAGACCUAACAAAAGAUGCUCCAGAACAUGUCGCAUGUCAGGAGUAAAGACCGGAACUCUUUAACAAAAUUGCCCCCGUCACAAGCAAGACUAAUGCCAUAAUAGGGUGGCAAGAGGUUUGCAUCAUUAACUUCUGUCGGCAGAACACAGUCUCUAUUUAUUCUGUACGAUGUCCUGACUGGAUAGUGUGUUCAUAGAAUACAGGCUUCAGUAGAGGAUGUCCAUGGUCUGCAGGCCUGUUCCAUACAAUGAUAUUAUAAGAAUAUUAUAAUUUUAUAUUACAUUGUUAAAGGAGUUGUUGAAUCACUUAAGAUCCCUUCCCAUAAAUAUGGAUGUCAAAAGUACGGGAAGGAUUCUCGCCUUGUGAAACCCCACUAACAAAGCAGGACUCUUGCUCCAUCAGACCCUUCUAUGUAUUUCGAGGUCAGUCAUUCAUUUGAAUGUCCGUCAUGUAACACUACGUGCAGGGGAAAUAUGUGGCCAAGUAGGACUUCCUCGUCGGUAAUAGAGUUUCUGAAGUCGGUCCCGUGGCAAUCAUCUAAUCACUGGACCAGCUUGUAUUAAAAGGAGGUGUCUUAAUCAGAGGCAUAACUACCAUAGCGGCAGACCAUGUGACUGCUAUGGGGCCCAGGGCAAGAUGGGGCCCAGUCAUAGUUGGGAUUAUCUCCUCUUCUACUGGAAAGCAGUGGAAAAAUGGCCCAAGGGUUAUGGCAGAAACUAUUCUGUCCUGUGUGUGUGGGGGGGCGGGCUGGUUUGAUCCUUGCUAUGGGGCCCUUACUUCUCUAUCUACUCCACUGGUCUUAAUAAUCCCUUUAACGUCCUUUAACAUUAUAUCAGGGAACUGCUAGUUCAGCAAUUAGUAACUACAAAGUAAAUCAGCAUUUUAACUAAGUUGAACCUCUUUAGUGCAAGUAUAAAUAGAAUACUGUUUGCUGUAUGUGAAGAGUAUUUAGCACACAUGUAUAGCAUUCUGCACCUGCUUAGUAGUUUGAAAGGAAAUGCUGGAACGUCCAAAAUAUUUGAAAGGGCACUGGAGGUUCGAAGGUGCCAAAUUCCACAGCAUAGCUAAAGCAAGGGAGCAAUCAGACCUCUGUGCAGUAAUAGUCCAACUGUAUACAAUGUAUCAUUACUAAAUAAAUGCUUUUCUAAUCUGAAACUUCUGUGAUCUAGGAAUUAGUUGUAUUAUCAGCAGAGUCCUAAAUAGAGACACUACCCCUUAUGUUUCUUUUAUGGCGGAUUUACACCGCACCAUUGUCAAUCAGCACAUUUCUGAUAAUCUGCUUGUGGAAAUGUGCUGGCGUCGUGAAUUCAUCAUUUAUGCAGCACUGUAAAGGGGUUAUCCAACCCCUAUAAUGACCUCUCCCCCAAUACCCAGGCCCCCCAUCCCCGGCGCUCCUGAUCCCUGCACAGCCGCCGCCACGAUGCUACUGAGGCUCGUCCCAUUUGCAGCCUGCUAUUUGCUGCUCUCCCUCAUCGCUGGAUCUUUUGAUCCGCGCAACGUGGAGAUGCAGCGGCGGCCAUGCGGGGAUCAGGAGCGACGCAGGUGCCUGGGAGCAGAGUAAGUAUAAUCUAUAUGAGGGGCAGGGGCAUUGGGGGGUCAUUAUACGGGUUGAUAAUGAUAACCCCUUUAAAUCAAUGAAUCUGUAUAAGGAAGAGCCCCAGUAGCCAUCACUCAUCCUCAUACAGUGGAGGUGAUUGCUGCAUGUAAAUGUAGCUUUCUCCUCCUCUGACAAGCAGGCGAUUAUUGGGAAGGAAUGGUCCCUUCCUGAUAAUUGCCUGCUCGCUCAGCGCCUGUCUGUUGUCAUCCAUACUGGUCCAUCAUAGUUCUUGCUAGAGUUCAGCACAGUGCUUUUGUGGUAUUAUUGACAUACAGUAAUUAUGUAUAUUCUGCUUUAGGCUGUGUUCACACAGGUGAUGGUAUGCAACUUUCUGCUUUCUUAUAAAAUAUGAAAGAAUAAAGCAGGCAAAACUCCCUUUGUGAACCUGGCCUUAUACAGACAGAUGCUAUCACUUUCUUGUGUUGAGGUAUGAAUUGCGGCUCAGCACAUUAGAACUGUGCAGCCCUUUUUUGUAUGUAGUCUAAAAUGUGUUCAUUGCUUAUUGCAUUGUGAAAAUGUCUUAACCUUGAUAAACCUAACAAAUAUAUUUUUCUUUAAACUGA